GCAGCUGCUGGUUCUCUGUGUAGACUCAGAGCCUUUACACCUCCUUUAUGUGCCUCCACAGGACUCCCCAAGCAGGACUCUGGCCACUGGUGGUCCAGUUUCUUCUUUGGGAAGCAGCCAGGGAUGACCCCACUGACUGAGGAGGCACAGCAGAAGGCGGGGGUCCCGGGCGCGGUGACGAACGGUCAGAUCACCUGCGUUGCGAGGGAGAUGGUGAUGCAACGGCAGGUGAGCGAGAGCAGCGAAGCAGGAACCCCCACCUCCUCCUGAUCCCGCGGCCUCUCUGACCAACGCUAGGUGACGGGAGGAUGUCCCGUUUACAACCUUAUUAGUUUUUUUUAAUAUUAUUCAUCGUAGUGUAGGCUGCCUUACCUGUUUAUGUUUUGGUAACCUUGUGUUUUUUUUUAUUUUUUUUAUUGACAACAAAGAAAAAAAAAUGAAUAAAAAAAAACAACCAAAAAAAAACAAGACGAUGAUGCAACUGAUAAGCUCCUUUGUUUUUUUUAACAUUUGUACUGUUCUGUGUUUGUAAUACUGUGGUGCAUACACCUCCACAUGCCUUUGUUGAACAUUUUUCACUUUUGUCACCCUGUGAUUGCAAAUGCAAUAAAGUAGACUCUUGCAGCCUAAA